UCAACGUUUAACAGGCUUAAAAUUGAAGUUUUGCCUUGCUAUUGAUUUAAAAAGAACACUUAGAGCAUCUCUACACAGAAACUCCAGAUCUGAGAGCAGCUGGAGGAACAAAAUGGUUGGGUGGACAGCUUUCAUUCUGGCCUCACAGCUGCUGUUAAAACUCUGCAUACAUGUGGAGGCUCAGGCUUUGGUUUAUGAUCUGCUCACAUCGCCCGACUGCUUGCCAGACCUGCUGCAGGGCGGUCUGGCUGAACAGGGGGUGACCGAGGCUUUCAUCCUGACCUCCUUCAAGCUGCAACCCAAAACUGGAACCACCGUGUUCAGCUUGUACAACCCCAGGGACAACAGCAAGUACUUUGAGUUCACCGUGAUGGGGAAGCUCAACAGAGCCGUGUUACGUUACCUGCGGAGCGACAAGAGAACGAGUUCCAUUACCCUCAACAACCUGGUGCUGGCAGACGGCCAGCAGCACCGCCUGUUGUUCCACCUGAAGGGGCUGCAGCAGCCGGGGCCAGGCGGGGUGGAGCUGCAUCUGGACUGCAGGCUGGUAGAGACGGUCAGGGAGCUUCCGGUCGCCUUCCAAGGUCUGCCGGCAGGGUACGGCAUGGUGGCGCUGAAGACUAUGCAAGCCAGGGAGCAGGAGAGUUUAGACGAGCUAAAACUGGUGGUUGGGGACUCAUUUGAGAAUGUUGCAUCGUUACAAGACUGUCAUUUCCAGCAAAGAGACUCUGUCCAAACUCUGGGGGUCAACACAAAGCAGCUGUCUAAUCAAAUGCAGGAGUUAACAAAGGUGAUAAAUGAGCUGAAGGAGGUGCUCAUUCAGCAGGUAAAGGAAACCUCUUUCCUUAGAAACACCAUCUCUGAGUGUCAGGCCUGUGGCCUUGGUGGUACUGAGGUGGUGAAACCAAGAUGUACCACAGGUGUUUGUUUCCGUGAUGACAUGUGUGUAGAGACAGCCACCGGUGUUGAGUGUGCAUCCUGUCCAGAUGGAUACACAGGAGAUGGUUACAACUGUGACGACGUAGAUGAGUGCCAGUUUAACCCCUGCUUCCCCGGAGUGAAGUGUGUGAACACCGCACCAGGCUUCCGGUGUGAUGCCUGCCCACUGGGCUACAUCGGCAUGCCAGUCGAGGGCGUGGGCAUUGUGUUCGCUCAGACCAACAAACAGGUCUGUGAUGAUAUCGACGAAUGCAAAGGACUUGAUAAUGGAGGCUGUACUCCCAACUCAAUCUGUCACAACUCUAUGGGCUCCUUUUACUGUGGCAGCUGUAAGACUGGUUUCACAGGGGACCAAGUGAAGGGCUGCGAGCCAGAGGUCAGCUGUGGAAACAGCUUGACCAACCCCUGCGACAUCAAUGCCCAGUGUGUUCGAGAAAGAGACGGCUCCAUCUCCUGUCAGUGUGGAAUUGGCUGGGCCGGCAACGGAUACUUGUGCGGGAAGGACACUGACAUUGAUGGGUACCCUGAUGAAAAACUCAAAUGCAAGGACCCAAGCUGUAAAAAGGAUAACUGCAUCUUUGUUCCAAACUCCGGUCAAGAAGAUGCUGAUAGGGAUGGUAUGGGAGACGCCUGUGACGAUGAUGCAGAUGGGGACAGUAUUCCAAAUGAGCAGGAUAACUGCCGGUAUAAGCCCAACGUGGACCAGAGGAACAGUGAUAAAGACAGCCACGGCGAUGCUUGUGACAACUGCCGUCUGACAGAGAACGCUGACCAGAGGGACACUGAUGACGACGGCAAAGGUGACGCCUGCGAUGACGACAUGGAUGGAGAUGGUCUGAAGAACUUCCUGGACAAUUGCCAAUAUGUCCAAAACAGAGACCAGCGGGACCGAGACGGAGAUGGAGUGGGCGACGCUUGCGACAGCUGUCCUGACAUCCCCAACCCAAACCAGUCCGAUAUAGAUAACGACCUGGUUGGAGACUCCUGCGACACAAACCAGGACAGUGAUGGUGAUGGUCACCAGGACACCAAGGACAACUGUCCUCUGGUGAUCAACAGCUCCCAGCUGGACAGUGACAAAGACGGGCUGGGAGACGAAUGUGAUGAUGACGACGACAACGAUGGGAUUCCGGAUAUUUUACCGCCAGGACCAGAUAACUGCAGGCUGGUGCCGAACCCUGAACAGGUUGAUGACAACAAUGACGGUGUUGGAGAUAUAUGUGAGUCGGACUUUGACCAGGACAAAGUGAUUGACAGGAUCGACAACUGUCCAGAGAACGCAGAGGUUACCCUUACAGACUUCAGGGCCUAUCAGACGGUAGUCCUGGACCCUGAGGGGGACGCUCAGAUUGACCCCAACUGGGUUGUUCUGAACCAGGGAAUGGAAAUUGUUCAGACCAUGAAUAGUGACCCAGGACUUGCUGUUGGUUACACUGCUUUCAGUGGCGUUGACUUUGAGGGGACGUUCCACGUAAACACAGUCACCGAUGAUGACUACGCCGGCUUCAUCUUCGGCUACCAGGACUCAUCCUCCUUCUACGUGGUGAUGUGGAAACAGACGGAACAAACCUACUGGCAGGCAACACCUUUCAGAGCUGUGGCUGAGCCCGGCAUCCAGCUUAAGGCAGUGAAAUCUAAGUCAGGUCCAGGUGAGCAUUUAAGGAACUCGCUGUGGCACACGGGAGACACCAACAACCAGGUGCGUCUGCUGUGGAAGGACCCGAGGAACGUCGGCUGGAAGGAUAAAGUGUCCUACCGCUGGUACCUGCAGCACCGUCCACAAAUCGGAUACAUCAGAGUACGAUUCUAUGAAGGAACAGGACUGGUUGCAGACUCUGGCGUGACCAUUGACACAACCAUGAGAGGAGGACGACUUGGCGUGUUCUGUUUCUCGCAGGAAAACAUCAUCUGGUCUAAUCUGAAAUAUCGCUGCAACGAUACCAUCCCGGAUGACUUUCAAGAGUUCAGCAACCAGCACUCCAUUGACUCAAUCUAAAGUCAGAGCUGAUGCAUGACAUCAGCUUUACAAACAAUGCAUCUGUGUGUGUGUGUGUGUGUGUGUGUGUGUGUGUGUGUGUGUGUGUGUGUGUGUGUGUGUGUGUGUGUGUGUGUGUGUGUGUGUGUGGGGGGGGGGGGGUAUUUUUGUGUGUGUUUGUGUAUUGUCUGUGCAGUUAAAGUAACACAUACGAACACAGACAUACUGUGUGUGCAUCAAUGUUGUUUUUCUUCUACCAAAAUGUGUUUUUUCUGUAAUUAUUGCUGAAACUACCCAGCUGAGAUGGGUUUUUUAAGUUAUAAUGAUUUUUUUACUAAGCACAAUGUAACAAAAAGAGCACAGUGCCUGAAAAAAUACAAGAAAAUUCAAAACACAGCUUGCAAAUAUCACUUUAUCCAUGAAAUAUUAAAAGAAAAUUGUCGUACUUAGCCUGGAAUUUCAAAAAAAAUACUGGUGCAAUAAAGCUGAUUUAGAAAACAUGCAGUGAAAUAAAACAAAACUAAAAAAUUCAACGGUUUUUAUUGAACUCGAGUUCAGUGACACCCACAUUUAAAUGAGUUUAUCUUUGUCUCCCACAGAUAUCAAAAGAAGUCAUUUGUUGUUGCAAAGAGAACAAAAGCACAUUUGUUUCCUUCUCCCAUGUACUUGCAGUAAUUUACAACAUUAUGGACUUGUUUUUCUCCUCCCAGUCUCUUUGUUCAGAAUCUGCCAAAACAAGUUGAAAAUCUAAUCAAACCCUGCUGGUGCCCCUGAACUCCUCUUGGUUUUAUUGUGCUGCCUACACACUGCAGAAGCAUUUAUUUUAAUGGACAAUAAUCAGUUUGUGGUCUGUUUUUUAAUGAAGAAAAAUGUUGUUUUUUUUCUCAAAAUUUGAUGUCCCAAUAAAAUAUAUUGUAUUAAGAAA